ACAAUCUUGACGCAGGAGGGUCAUUUCAUCAACGAGGAAGAUCGCGUUCAUGUGGACCUCGUUGAUUCCAACUUCGAGGAAACACAGGCACGAAUAAUUAAGUAUUUUGACAAUGAAAACAGCUAUUCCUCAGCAGACGACGAGACAACAGAUUUAUUCAAGAAUCCUGAUGGUCACGAAAACUUUCAACAGAAUCAGAGACAGCCCGCGUCAAAAUCAGAACCUAGGGAAAACAAAAGCAUUAACAGAAUGCAAACUAAGAACGCUAACCAAGAAAGACAUGUCAAGAGCAAGAGUUUUAUAACGGAUGCAAGUACCAACGUUUUAAACUUAUCGAGCAAUAAUGUCACAGAUCAGAGUUUACUAUCAAAUGGAAACAGCACAGAGGAGGUCAAAGCGAUGCCGGAUUUUCCCGGCAGUAACCUAAGAGCAGUGGAAACCUUCCCUAAAAUAAAUGACGUACGACGUAUUGAACUUAACGAGGUCACGAAGGAAACAACUAGACAUAAAUUGUCCCGACAUCGACGGAAAGCUCAGAAAACACGUGAUCCGCACUUUAUAAAUAAACUGAAAAAGCCGCACAACCAAGAAGGUCGCAACACAGGGCCUCAGGUGGAAAGCUUUGACAUCCCAUACUGGAGUGAGUUCUUUCACUAUCCGAAGCAUUUCAUUAGACAAGAUCCGUCAAGCAAACAACAUGACUGUACAACACAACAUCAGUGGGGCCAUGGCAUUGAAGCUUGCAAAGACAGCAGCAUUAUAUUCCCUGAAAAACAUUCGAUCCUUCCGUUCUACCGACCAACCAUCACCACUGCGAGCAAGAACGACACGAAACGAAUGAUACAUGUGGAUGCUAGAGGAAGAUUUCUUGUGAACAUCUCCGGAGAUUAUUUGUUUCAGCAGAAUAUCACUAUUUUAUCAGACUCAGAGAAACACUUUUUAGCACUGUACCUGAAUGAACAAGCAACGUUGGCUUGUCAACAUGGUGGGUUUGUGUGUCCACAUACAAACGAUGAAGGAAACUCCCGCAAAUACAAAGUGUGUAACAUUUUUGGAGUCCUUGAGCUUAGAAAAGGUGACAUUCUGGAUAUCAGAACAAUGGAGUCUCACAUGACAGUACGUGCAGAAGUGCACAAACUGAAGAAAGCACAUACCAAAUUUAUCCUUCUAAACAAAAUUAAAUGA